AUGUCAAUCCUCGUUCUCGGAGCAGGCGAACUUGGUACAGCCAUCCUCAACGCCUUAACAUCACACUCCUCGCGUCCUCCAAACUCUCCAAUCUCCGUCCUCCUCCGCCCCUCCACCAUAUCUUCAUCCGACCGAUCGAAAGCCAAAUCCAUUGCACACUUCACAUCCCUCGGCAUCUCCCUCGAACCCGGCGACGUCGUACACGACUCCCUCCAAUCUCUCGCCUCCAUCUUUGCAAAAUAUGACAUCGUCAUAAGCUGCACAGGCUUCGUCGGCCCUGUCGGAACACAACUGCGCAUCUGCGAAGCUGUUCUCCUGGCCAAGGUCCGUCGGUACUUUCCCUGGCAAUUUGGCGUCGAUUAUGAUGUUAUUGGCCGGGGCAGCACGCAGACGCUGUUUGACGAGCAGCUUGAUGUCAGAGACAUGCUACGUGCUCAGAGGGAGACAGAGUGGGUUAUUGUUAGCUCUGGUCUCUUUAUGAGCUUCCUGUUUGUCAAGGAAUUCGGUGUUGUGGAUUUUGAAGAGAGAAAGUUGCGAGCCCUUGGGGGCUGGGAUGUUGAGGUUACGCUUACGCAGCCGGAUGACAUUGCAAGGAUGACGGCUGAGGUGGUCUUUGAGCCCCGUGGUAUUCCUGGUGAAGGUCGGAAUGUAGUAUAUGUUGCUGGAGAUACGGUUUCGUACGAGACCGCGGCAGAUUUGGUGGAAGAGCAGUUUCCUGGGGUUGAGUUUAGCAGGGAAGUGUGGGAUAUGGGCUUGAUCAGGGAGAGUCUUGUAGAAGAUCCGGGCAACAACUGGAACAAGUACCGCGGAAUCUUUGGUUCGGGUAAGGGAAUCUCUUGGCCGUUAGGGAAGACGUUGAACGGCGAGCGACGCAUUGCUCUUGAGGAUCUGAGAACCUUUCUCGGAAGGAUGGAGACGCCAGCUUCAAUCGAGUAG